AUGUUUCGAAUUGUGAAGAAAUACGCUUCCAAAAUGAAAUGGGAAAACGUGUUUUUGAUAAUGACAAAAGACCCGAGGUGGGAAAAAGUUGCUGGGCAAAUAAAAGAAGAACUAGGGUUUUGUCUGGAAGCGCAAAUACCGCCAGAAGUCGUGUGUGAUCUUAUGGGGCUUAAUCUAAAAGACCCCGACAUUUUGAAAAACGUUUACUUUAAACGUUUGGUCUCAUACUCGGUCGUUUUCUCUUUUCGCGAACCUUCCAACCUCCAUGACAAACCCGUGCUGACAAUUCUAAAAUUAGCGCAGACAGACACAAAUACUUUGAUCGAACGUUUGAAAAAGCAGGCAACUGGUGUCAAAGUUGCGCAGACGUGGGAACUCGAAAUUCACAUGGUACUAAAUGUUUAUUCGCCCAACGACGACAUACUGAAUAAAGCUUGGCUUGAUUAUAUCUCCAUGAUCGAUGACCAGCCUCUUGGCUGGAAUUUGGCUACAUGCAUCAGAACCAUUUAUUCAGGACUUGAGAUGGAGAAAGCUAUUGGUCAAGCGCUUUCACAGCCCAUCCCAGUUUUGAGGAUGGGCGGCCACGAGCUGUCUGCAUCUAAUGAGAAAACAAAAUCAAAAUGCGAUAAGUUGAUCAAGUCACAAUCGGUCGAGAAUUUAAGAACAUUUCAUUUUUCGACAAAUGGACAAAAGUGA